AUGCCGUACUGUGUGAUUCCGUCAAAUGCAACCAGUGGGAAGGGAAACAACGGAGCGAGUGCGAAAAGGGCAGAAAGCAGCGAUGACGGAGAAGUGAAACUGUUCUAUGAGACUUAUGGCAGCGGCGACACGAAAGUGCUCAUGAUCAUGGGCUUUGCUGCCUCGCACAUUGCAUGGGCGCCGCAGAUCAAGCCGCUUUCCGGCACCGACAUCCCUAACAGCAAACGGAUGUCGAAGCAGCUUAAAAGGGAUUCUGCUGCAGCGCCAGCCACCGGCUCGGAGGACAACUCCGCCGCUCCCCCCGCCAUGCGCAUGGACGACCGGUCUGGAUGCACGAAAAAUGGUUACUGUACGGUUGCGGUGACAAAAGAGGGGGUGGAAGAGCGGAGUGAUGUGCAAGCUGUGGCGGACGGUGGGCUUGAGCAAGCGUCUAUGCUGCUGGAGGAAGGGGGGAAGGAACAGAGGGAAGCGGAAGGAGGCGCGGAGGAGGAAGGGGAGGAUUUGAUUCUCACGGGCAGGGAGGUUUGCGUUUUCGACAACCGAGGGAUUGGCAGCAGCACGUGUCCCACGGACAAGAAUGCGUACACAACUGCAAUAAUGGCGAUGGAUGCGCUGCAUCUGGCGGAUCACCUCGGCUGGACGCAUUUCCACGUGGUGGGGCAUUCCAUGGGCGGCAUGAUCGCCAGCAAAGUGGCUGCCACCGCUCCCCACCGCGUGAAAUCCCUGGCGCUUAUCAGCGUCAGCGGCGGCGGCUUCGACCUCUUACCCAGGCUUGACAGCCGGCUCUUCUCCGUGGGUGUGAGGAUGAUGAAGGCGCGCACGCCCGAGAUGAGGGCGCACGUGGACCUGGACACGCACUUCUCGAGGGAGUUCAUGGACGAGGUGGCCGGCAGCUCUUCAAGGAGGGACCUUCUGCACGUGGAGUACGUGCAGGUUCUGUCGGAGCCAGGGGCAAUGCAGCCGCCACACGCAGCGAGCGGGCAUUUCAACGCGUGCUGGACGCACAAGCUGACCCGCGACAACAUUGACAGCAUCUGCAACGCCCGCAUCCCCACCGCCGUGAUUCAUGGAGUGGACGACAUCAUUGCACACGUCUCUCUGGGUGAAAGGGUCGCCAAGCGCUUGGCAGAAGUUGCCCGGUUCAUCCCCCUAAUGGGAGCGCACAUGGUGGUGCGGGAGCGCACACACGAGGUGAACGCGUGUCUGAGGGAGCUCUUUCACGCCGGGGAGAUGCGCGUGCCCGUGGAGCAGUGGGUGCGGAGUCGUAGCGAUUUGGACCUUCCUGGCUCGGCGCGGGAACGACAUGAGAAGGCCAAGAAGGAGACGCUUGGCUCUGCUGUGGAGCCUGUUUCUCCCCCUGUACCUCGUGAUCUGCCAGCUACUGUCGUGGCCAGAAAUGGUGAAUUGAAGUACGGGGAGAUUGGGAACGGAGGGUUGAAGGGUGGAGAAUGGAGAGGAUUUUCUGCUGCUGCUGCUGCUGCUGCUGCUGCUGCUGCUGCUGCUGCUGCUGCUGCUGCAUCGGUUGGACCGUCUGGGUUGGAGGCUGGUGUAUCUGCAGCUGCCACGUCACCCCUUCUCACCCCUGCAUGUCGCGUGUCUUCCUGUCUUCUGAAUACGCUACGCGUUGCAGGCUUUGCUGCCAUGCACAACGUGUGGUGGCCGCAGAUCAAGCCGCUUUCAGGCACCGACAUCCCUAACAGCAAACGGACAUCGAGGAAGUUUAAGACGAAUUCUGUUGCAGCACCUCCCGCUGCAGCACUUUCCGCUGCAGCGCCUCCUGAUGCAGCACUUUCCGCUGCAGCACGUUCUGCUGCACCGCCGUCUCCCUCCGCUGAACCGCCGUCUCACUCCGCUGAACCGCCUUCUCCCUCCGCUGAACCGCCGUCUCCCUCCGCUGAACCGCCUUCUCCCUCUGCUGAACCGCCUUCUCCCUCCGCUGCACCGCCCUCUCCCUCCGCUGCACCACCUUAUCCUUCCGCUGCAGCACCAGCCGCUGGCUCGGAUGACAACGCCGCCGCCCCUCCUGCAGUGUGCAUGGCCGACCGGUCUAGAUGCAAUGGAAGUGGUGACUGUACAGUGAAUGUGACAGUAGAGGGGGUAGAGGAGCGGGGAGAUGUGCAAGCUGUGUCGGACGGUGGGCUUGAGCAAGCGGCUUUGCGGCUGGAGGAAGGGGGGAAGGAACAGAGGGAAGCGGAAGGAGGUGAUGGGGAAAAGGAAGAGGAGGAAGAGGAAAAAAAAGAGGAAGCGGAGGAAGAGCAAGAAGAGGAUCUGGUUCUCUCAGGCAGGGAGGUAUGCUUGUUUGACAACCGAGGAAUUGGCAAGAGCACAUGCCCCACGGACAAGAAAGCAUACACGACUAAUCUCAUGGCGAUGGAUGUGCUGCAUCUGGCGGAUCAUCUCGGCUGGACGAAAUUCCACGUGGUGGGGCAUUCAAUGGGAGGCAUGAUCGUGACCAAGGUGGCUGCCACCGCUCCCCACCGAGUGAUAUCCCUGGCGCUUAUCAGCACCAGUCGUGGCGGCUUCGACAUCCUGCCUAGGCUUGAUCGCCGGUUCUUCUCUGUAGGUACGAAGCUGGUGACAGCACGCACGCCCGAGUCGAGAGCGCGUGUGGAUCUGGUGAUGCACUUUUCGGAGGAGUUCCUGCAGCAGAUGGUUGGUAGCUCGUCCCAGAAAGACCUGUUGCACCUGGAGUAUGUGCAGUAUCUGUCGGAGCCAGGGGCACUGCAGGCGUCACACGCUACCAGCGGGCAUUUCAACGCUGUUUGGACGCACAAGCUAACCCGUGAGAACGUCAACAGCAUCUGCCACGCUCGCAUUCCCACAGCCGUGAUCCAUGGAGUGGACGACAUUGUUGCGCACGUUUCCCUGGGUGAGAAGGUGGCCAGGCGCCUGGCACCCGUAGCCCGGUUCAUCCCACUUCUAGGGGCGCACAUGUUGGUGCGGGAGCGGAUAGAAGAGGUGAACGCGUGUGUAGAGGAGCUGUUUGAGGCUGCGGAGGCAUGUGUGCCUGUGGAGCAAUGGGUGCAGCGUCGCAAAACGAUUGCUCCCCAUUACCUCUUCCCGCCUCCCCGUUUCCCCUUCCCGCCUCCCCAAUUCCCCUUCCCGACACCCCAUUUCCUCUUCCCGCUCCCCACUACCCCUUCGCGCCUCCUCGUUUCCCCUUCCCGCUCCCCAUUACCCCUUCCUGCCUCUGCAAUUCCCCUUCCCGCCACCCCAUUUCCUCUUCUCGCUCCCCAUUAUCCCUUCCCGCCUCCUCGUUUCCCCUUCCCGCUCCCCAUUACCCUUUCCCGCCUCCCCAAUUCCCCUUCCCGCUCCCCAUUACCCCUUCCCGCCUCUCCAAUUCCCCUUCCCGCUCCCCAUUACCCCUUCUCGCCUCCCCAAUUCCCCUUCCCGCUCCCCACUACCCCUUCCCUCCUCCCCGUGACCCCUUCCCGCUUCCCCAUUACCCCUUCCCACUCCCCAUUUCCCCUUCCCGCCUCCCCAAUUCCCCUUCCCGCCUCCCCGCUUCCCCUUCCCACUCCCGAUUAUCCCUUCUCGCCUCCCUUCUCAAACUGCCGAACACACAUCACAGUCGCCGCCCGAUCGCACAGCCUCGCUACCACCCCCUCAUUCCCCCCCUUUCUCCCUCUCAUCCUCCCCCCUGCUCACUGUUAUGUCCCCCCUUCUCUCGCUCAUGUACCCCCCUUCUUCCUCUCAUUUCCCCCCCUUAUCCCUCUCAUUCUCCCCCCUGCUCCUUCUCAUUCCCCCCUUAACCACUCAGUUAAAUGCCACAUAACCUCCCUCUCAUUUCCCCGCAUUCCCCCCCCCUUCCCCCUCUCGUUUCCCCCCAUCUCCCUCUCCUUUCCCCACGUGCUCCUUCUCAUUCCCCCCCCCUUCUCCAUCUCGUUUCCCCCCCGCUCAUUUCCCCCCAUCUCCUUUCAUUUUCCCCCCUUCUCCCUCUCAUAUGCUUCUAACCCCUACCCCAUACCCAUCCAUCCCCUGUCAUACCCUUCCAUUCCCUUCCAUACCCUUCCAUACCUUCCAUUCCCUUCCAUACCCUUCCAUUCCCUUCCAUACCCUUCCAUUCCCUUCCAUACCCUUCCAUUCCCUUCCAUACCCUUCCAUACCUACCAUUCCCUUCCAUACCCCAGCCAUACCCUUCCAUACCCUUCCAUUCCCUUCCAUACACUUCCAUUCCCUUCCAUACACUUCCAUUCCCUGCCAUUCCCUUCCAUUCCCUGCAUUCGUGCACAGGCAUAUGACUAG